GAUUUGUCGUCAAAUUUUAUUCCGUAACCAUGAACGAUAGGCGUGAUCUAUUUCAUCUGAGUAUAACAGCACGUUACUAGGACGAAAAUCUAGUGUAUCUGAAAGAGUGCUGCGAUCAUUGGAAGUGAAAAUUGAAAAUGAUUGGCUGUAAUUUUCGAAGAAUUUUGCUGGGGAAAAUGACUUUUAUCAGCACUGCUUGAUAGUUUCAAAAUCUAAAUCUGUGGAGCGUGUGACCUUAGGCACUGACAUAUUCAGUUUUUGGGCAAUUACAUCUUUUUGAACAUCUGGCCACUCUGCAGCACUUUCUCUUUAAAUUUUCGUAUCCUAACCGAAAAUCAAUGGAGGACCUGGAAAAACGAAAAGAAAAUAUUAAACCAUUACGAGGCGGACGAAAUGUAAAUCAAUUGAAAAUUGCGUUGACAUCGGAUUCACAAUUUGAGAAAGAAAAAAGAUUCUUUGAAGAGAAAAUAGAGAAGUAUAGUGGAUCUGAUCCUUUACAACCAUGGUAUGAAUACAUUUGUUGGAUUGAACAAACUUUUGUAACAAAAACUAACCAUGCAUCAUUAAAUAAUAUCCUUCUCCAUUGCAUUGCAAAAUUUGAAAAAGUUGAACGAUACCAACAGGAUCGACGUUUUGUAAAAUUGUGUAUAAAAUAUAUUGACACACAAAGUUCACCGCAAGAAUUGUAUGAAGAGCUAUACGAGCGUGGUAUUGGGACACUUUGUGCAGAAUUAUAUAUUGCUUGGGCCUACUAUUUCGAUUCAGAAGAUAAUUUUGAUCAGACUGAAGCUAUAUAUCAAAAAGGAUUCGAUGCUGGGGCGUCACCUAGAGAAGAUCUAAGUUUAGCCCACAAGCAGUUUAGUUUUUCCAUGUCGCAGAGAUUACUUCACAAAGAUGAAUCAUCAAAACAAAUGUUCAAAUUAUCGUUCGCCGAAAAAAGGCAUGCACUAACAUCACUUAAAAUGCAAAAUACGGGUACAAUAGGGAGCUUACGAACAGGAAUUGCACUGCGACACAAUAUGCCGGGAGUUGUGAAUCAAGAAACAGAUUUAUACAAUGCAACACACAGUACAUCAGUAUAUAGCCAAGAGAAUAAGGGUUCUGCAUUGUUAAACAAGUCAAAUACUACAUAUCUGGUCAAUUCAAAUAGGAACCGCGAAAACAUUUGUGAGCCUGGUCCAUGGUCUAAUAAAAAAAACAAGCGGGGACCGUUGUUUGGUAAACAUAAUGAGCUGUCUUUCUAUAUAGCAUUGGAUUUUAGUAAUCAAAUAACCUGUUUAAAAGAAGACAAUCUUUGCAAAGGAAUUCAAUUGUCGCCAAAUCACAAACGCCAUAAUAAUCCACAGCGACAAUUUGUAAUUACGGCAUGUGAUGAUGACAAACCAUCCGGGUUUCCUAUGUAUGACAAAAUUUGCUUGUAUUGUCGGGCACCAGCAGAAGAUUUUAGUCCAGAAGAAUGUUAUGGAUACCAAUAUAUCAAACGACAUGGCAUCAAUCUUCAGUUUUUCAAACAGUAUAAAGAUAUCUGGGACAAUGGAUACCAUGUCAAGAUACGUCUUCAUCCUUACCAUGUACGGGAGUAUGAAUGCAAAUCUUCGAUAUUGCAAACCAUGAUUUGUGAAGAAGCACUUCAAGCAAAUAAAUGUACGGGGAACCCUCUGGAUAAUGAACAAUAUUCCAUAGAAGAACAGUUGUUUCGUAAAUGGAAAGACGAUAGAGCUAAACACCAUGUCAGCAAUCAUCACAGUGAUGGUAUGUUGGGAGUACAUAUAGACGAAACGAUUAUUGAACCUAAAAGAGUUUCAAUUGCACUCCAAAAGGACAGUACAAACUUAAUGGAUACAAGUUGCGGAUUAGAAACAAAACUUUCAACUAAGUCACACCAACCUGAACUGAACCAAGAAAAACACAAUCAAUUUGACCAGAUAGCAAUUCAAAAUAAUAAUUCGUUUGAUGUGAAUUAUUUUGGGGCAAUAUCUGAAUUAGACACUCAUAAACGACUGAAUACGAGAUCGCCGGGAAAAUUGAAUAUGAAUACAAAAGCACACCAGAUAGAGGCGUUAGCAGGAAGUGGGCAGAUGCUAAUCAAAGCUACGACACCUACUGAUACCGAUAAAGCUAAAUGGAAAAAUAAAACAUCAAUAAAACCAGAUAACGAUAGAACAUCUCAAAAUAAGGAUUCAUUCAGUUACUAUCCCAACGACUUAUGUUCAGCGCAAAUCUUUAGCAUGUUCUUGAAAUGUCAAAGUACUCCAUUAAAACGCAAUAAUACCACUCUCACUGAAAUAUCAAUACCACGUCAAUGCUCGAAGUAUGAAGUCAGUGACCUGCCAGCAAAGUUCCAUGCAAAACCUGAACAUCAGAAAACAACUGAUUUGAUAUGUAUUUCCAAGCAGUUGUCGACGAUAAUGGAGCGAUCAGAAACAAGUGCAAUGUCUGUUGCCUGUGGUUCCAAAUUCCAUGAAUCCCCUCAGAACAAUUCUGCUGUCGAAGCCAUUACUGCAGUACCAAACCAGUCAACUGAACAUAUCGAUAAUACAAUGAAUGAAACAGUUAUAACUGAGGUGGAACCUAUGAUACAAACGAACAAUCAGAUGCUUCCAAAUGAACCUAACAAGAAAACUCAAUUUUCUUGCCAGAAUUUUAAUGAGAAUAUUCAACAAAAAAGUAUUAGACCGGUAAACGUGAAGCCUAGUGUUGAAAGUGUAAACUUUUUUGAAACUCAUUAUGAAGGUUCCGAAUUGUUGGAAAAAAUAAAUGCUUUCCCCGAGCAAGUUUCAGAUGUCAAUGAGCUGUCGAAAUCAAAUGACAACACAGAUAGUUACGUUCAACAAUGUGAUCAUUCAAUAAAUUCACUGUUAUCGUGUAAGGUUAGCACAGAAAAUACUGAUAACAUUGCACUGCCUUUUGUGAAGUUAGGAGAAAUAAACAAUUUGGGUAGGCCCUGCUCACAGUUGAAUAAUGAUAAAUCAGUUAAUAAGAUAUUUACUGAAACACUAACAUCUGAAGCUAAAAAAACAUCCAUUGACGAGAGCUGUUUGAACAUUCAUUACGCAGACAUCAAGAACAGUUCGUCCUUCGAUCUUGUUGAUUGUUUAAGAACUCCUCAGAAGUGUGACCUUAGAACUUGCGACAGAAGUCUAUUGGUAGCACACAUCAAAACCUCACAUAACAUUGAUUCACCGUCUAGAUUAUUAAAAAUUAAAAAUGUAGUAGGGGCUAUGAACGUAGUUGAACUGCAUUCCCAUGAUAUAUGGGGUUCUACAGAGGACAUGAAUACAGAGAUAUUCUCUAUGAAUAUGAAUAACAUAAUCAAUUCAACUUUACUGCCAAUUCUACCCAGUACCAAACAGGACAAUUCAAAAUGUUUUAGUUAUCCGCAAGCGUUGAAUGAGGACAACGUAGCUCGAACCGCGUAUAUUAAUAACAAAACCUUGACACCAAUUUUGCAUGCUGAAUCAGCGAUCGAACUAGAGUAUGAAGAUCUAAGUAAAAGCAUUUAUUUCAAAAGACUGCCAUCUUCUGUAGAAGUGAAACAGAAGUGGGAUGAAAUUGAUGAGAAUUUCAAUCCGUGCAACAAUCAGUAUUUGAAAAAAGAGAUAGAUCUUGAUGAAACAAUGCAGUUUAUCUACCAGCAAACACGAGAAGCUGAAAUCGAUCCGUUUGAAACAAAAUUGAAAGCAGCCUUUUUAGAACAAAUAAAUUUUAUGAAUUAUAUUGAAGAGUUAUCUACAUGCUCACUGGUAAACAAAAUUCAGCCAUUGUCUAAAGGAAUGGUAGAAGAUGUUCACGGUACAAAAUUUUCAGUUAUUAGGAAAAUCGGUGAAGGAACUUUCGGUACAGUAUACUGCGCUAAAAAAAUGUCUACUGGUGAAGUAGUAGCGAUGAAACAAGAGCGACCAGCGAAUCUCUGGGAAUACUAUAUAUGCUUGGAGCUGAAAAGCAGAAUCAAUCACGUUGACAUUCUUUCCGGAUUCAUGAGUGUGGAUUAUGCAAUCAUUGGUAACAACGCUAGUAUUUUGAUAUCCCGAUUGUCACCUUUUGGUAAUAUCUUGGAUGUUUGCAAUGUGAUUAAAAGAGUCACAAGCAAAAACGUCGAUGAAUUCAUUGCUAUAUUCAUCACCACUCAAAUUCUGACUAUUGUAGACCAUCUGCAUAGUUGUAUGAUUAUCCAUGCGGAUAUCAAGCCGGAUAAUUUUCUGCUGAUGAAACCAUUGAGCUUAGGAUGCAGCACACUUUCUGUGCAGUUAAUUGACUUCGGAGUCUCCAUUGAUUUAAAGCUUUUUCCGAAAAAAACGGCUUUCAAAAAGGUUGUUAAAACAGAAAGUUUUACUUGUAUUGAAAUGCUUGAAAACCGCCCUUGGACGUUCCAGCCAGAUCUAUAUGGUGUUGCAGGAACAACGCAUGUGAUGCUGUUUGGAAGAUAUAUGGAGGUUCAGAAAGACAUGGACAACUGGUAUAUUAAAACACGAAUGCCACGAUAUUUUCGAAAAAACUUGUGGGAUAAUUAUUUUUCAACCUUAUUGAAUAUAAGAGAUUGUGAAGUAAUGCCCAACCUUCAGACCCUAAGAAAUAUGUUGCUAUCAGAAAUAAAUGACAAUAGUAAAUAUUUUCGUGAAAAGCUAAACGAGUUUAAUCAAACACUUUUAUCAUUGUAAUAACGAAUACAUCGAUAUAUUCAAAAA